AAAAUAUGUAAUUUUACAAAAAAAAAACUGUCAACCCUUUCAACUUACAAAAUAGAUUGAAUCAAAUAUUUCAAUAAAUUGUAUUUGAAGUUUUACUCAUUAUUCAUCACAGUAAUUCAUGAUUUAAAGAAAUUUAAAAGUAAUAAGAAAACAAGAAAUAAAAAUGGCAUCUGGAGAUAUUAUUAAUUCUAUUGAAGAAUACGAUUUAAAAGACAUGGAUUCAAAAAAGAAAUUAUCGCUUCUUGAUCAUAGUAAUUAUGAUACCAGAAAUGAAGCUAAAAUGUCAUUCGCAGAGAGUGAUACAAAUCAGCGAAACAGUACGUACGGAAGGCCAAAACCAGAUCCUGAUCGAAAGAUCGGUCAUCGACGAGUGGGUGAGGGUGGUGAAAUAACUUAUAAAAAAAUUCAAACGACACAAAUCAUGGGAGCCAUUCAAUUGGGUAUUCAGCAUACGGUUGGAAGCCUUGCAUCCAAACCAAAGCGUGACUUAUUAAUGAUGGACUUUUGGGAAAUAGAAACAAUAUCAUUUCCGCCUGAAGGUUCUAGCAUGACACCUGCACAUCAUUUUAGUGAAUUUCGAUUUAAAAUAUAUGCACCAAUUGCUUUCCGCUACUUUCGGGAUUUAUUUGGUAUUCAACCUGAUGACUUCAUGAUGUCUAUGUGCUCACAACCUUUACGAGAAUUAUCUAACCCUGGUGCAUCUGGCUCUAUUUUUUAUCUAACGAGCGAUGAUGAAUUUAUAAUUAAGACAGUGCAACAUAAAGAAGGUGAAUUUUUGCAAAAACUAUUACCUGGCUAUUAUAUGAAUUUAAAUCAAAAUCCACGAACAUUGUUGCCAAAAUUCUUCGGUUUGUAUUGUUACCAGUGCAAUAGUAAAAAUGUUAGAUUAAUCGCUAUGAAUAACUUACUUCCUUCUUAUAUAAAAAUGCAUGAAAAAUAUGAUUUGAAAGGUUCUACGUAUAAAAGAAAGGCAUCAAAAAGUGAGCGAUCAAAAGCGUCUCCAACUUACAAAGACUUAGAUUUUAUGGAAUUGCAUCCUAAUGGAAUUUUGCUGGAAGCAGAUACAUAUAACGCAUUAAUUCGAACGAUUCAGCGUGAUUGCCGUGUUUUAGAGUCUUUUAAGAUAAUGGAUUAUUCAUUACUUGUUGGAAUACACAAUUUAGAUUUGGCACUAAAAGAACGACAAAAUGAAUGUAAAGAAUUAAAAACUCGAGAGUCAGAGUCUUCGGACUAUGAAGAUGCGCCAGAAGCAGAUCAGUUCAUGGCCCAUGAGAGAGAUAGAGAAGAACGAGAAAAAUUAGCAGGACUCAAUCGAAGCCGGUCAAUAAAUAGACAAAGAUUAGUAGCUCAUUCAACAGCAAUGGAGAGUAUUCAAGCAGAGAGCGAACCGAUAGACGAGGAAGAUGAUGUUCCGCCUGGUGGUAUUCCUGCUCGCAGUGAAAAAGGAGAAAGACUCUUACUGUAUAUUGGAAUAAUUGAUAUUUUGCAAUCAUAUAGACUAAAGAAAAAGUUAGAACAUACAUUCAAAAGUAUUAUACACGACGGAGAUACGGUUUCAGUUCAUCGUCCUUCCUUUUAUGCCCAAAGAUUUCAAGAUUUCAUGGCAAAGACCGUUUUCAAAAAAAUACAAUCUCUGGACCUUCCUGAAGUAAAAGGCAACCAUAGAAAAUUUAGAACCUUCGUUAGCAGUUACUUAGCAUUGAAGCAGUCACCUUCUAAACGUAAAAGCAUAUCAAAGUUGGGACACAAAUCUGCUAUUGAGAUGUUACCAUCCAAAGGUGCAUCGCAUCGACAUAAAGAAGUUUUACCAACAAAUAUUAAAAACAAUCAAUCAGAAUCUCUAGAAAAAAAAAAUUCAAUAACUAAAGAUCAUACUACAGAACAACCUAUUGAUGUAAAUAAAUCAGGAGCUAAGCCGAAACAACAAACGAAAGAAUAUUUCACAACAAAUAUAAAAAAAGAUAAAAUUUCUUCUACACUUCCACCUUUGAAGAAAAAAAGUGUUACUGUUAAAGAGACUACACCUCCACCAGUGCCACCAAGAGGAUCUCCAAAGCCUUGUUGCUCUAAAGAUGCAACGCAAAACAUAAAAAUAGGUUUUGAAUUCAAUUCACAAAAUGUUUCUACCGGUAAUAUUCCUUCUUGUUCUUCAACUCCUCCACCGGCUUUUCACGACGUUUCAGUACAAUCUCUUACGAGGUCAUACCAAGAAGUCUCACUUAAUAAUGAUCAACAUUCUUUUACAGAAGCAAACGAUACUAUCAGCGUUUCAGAUAUUCAUUUGGAACGCAACACUGGUUCAGACGCAGCGCGAUUGACUUAUAAACAAGCAAAUCGAGGAGCAAUGACAUGUAUCUCGCCUGCGUCUACUUGGACAGAAGGUACCCCUAGCUUUACCGACUCAAGCUCUAGUGCUGAAGAAAUGUCAUUAAGCUGCUCACCAUUCAAGGCUAAUCAAGAAAUUAGUAGUACAUUUGUUGGGAAAAACGUUAAAACAGUUGAAGUUAAAAUGGAAACUAUUUAAAUUUGUUCCAAUAUUGAAUUAAGCAACAAUUAACACUAAGGGUGUCGAAAAAACUUCUACAUACGAUGAAUUUUUUUGGAAAAAUGUUGUUUAUAAGUACGAUAUUUUGUUAAAAUAAUUUAUAAAAGUAACAAAAAUACAAUUUGAUAGAGCUAAAAAAUUCAAGUAUAAGCACCCAAGGGUUUUCCAAAAACUUUGUGUUGCAUUUCCGAAACUUAAUUAUAGGAAUGGUAGAUAAAGAAGUUGUAAACAUGUUUUACCUCAUAGUUUUAAAUUUUAUUCAAGCUUGA